UUGAGUACUUCUCUCUCGUUUUCACCUUUUCUAUACUACUUACUGCGCACGUGAACAGUCUUGGAAGAAAAUUACCGAGACAUGUGAGCGUGUUCUUUUUGUUCCACUUACGUCGCUUACACAAUAUGUAGAGGAGCUGAUCUGUGAAGAUGAGUGGCCGCGGGGAGUAUGACAGAAGGGACCGGCGAUCAAGUAGCCAAGAUCGAGGGAACCACCGUGGUCCGGAUAGUGGACAACACUUAGGCGUGGACAAGUAUUAUCACCACUCUCCGCCGAGAUGCUUUGCAUGUAAUGAACGUGGUCAUUACGCCAACCAAUGUAAGAAUCGAUGGUGGUCGAGGGAUGACCGUCCAUCUACCUCCUCCGAGACCGGGCAUGGAAGGUCGACAUCACCAAGAGGCUACCCCAAGGAGACGUCUACAAAGGAAGUGGAUAAGCUCCAUCUUCAAAUCGAGGAACUCAACCGCAGCCUCGCUUCAGUCUCGGAGUUCGUCCAAAGUGAGAAGGCUAAGAAGGAAGCUGAGGAAAAAGCAAGGCGUCACGCCGAAGAGGAUGAACUGCGGAAGAUGGCGGAGAAGGAAGCACGUGAGAAGAAGGAGCGCAAGAGGUUGGAGAAACUACAGAAGGAGAAGGAGAGGGAUGCUGAAUUUGAAAAGAAGAUGGAGAUGCAGUUAGCAAUGAAGACUGGCCGCUUCCUCGAUCGUCUGGAAGCCAACUUGGGACCGGUCCUUGAUGUUCUGAAACAGGCACGCGGAAAGAAACAAGUGGCCCAUAUCUCCGACCCUGGCUCUGAGUCAGGGUCUGGGAGUAGUGGAAGCGAAACUGAAGCAAUCCGCCCUCAAACGCGGAAGCUGACAAUCCACGAGAAGCGUAAUAGAGGGCCGGAACCCGUGUUUGAAGACAGCCCGCCGAUGGUAACGCCAACGAAGAGGAAAUCACGCGGAGCAAAGGAAAAAGGAGCGGCAGCUGCUACACGGGGCACGCGAUCGAAGGCGAAGUUGAAGACGAAAAUUUCUCCUUACCUGGCGAAGACGAAGAAGAGCCCUGGUCAACCAAGCACCGUCGUGAAGCUGCGUUACCGCAAUCAAGCUAUGGAUGUACUCCGGAAUUUGGACGCACAUGAGCUGCAGGGGAUAUGCAAAUACAAAGGCAUAGCGUACACCGGCAAGAUCGAUGCGAUAUUCGAUAUUGCAAGUCAUCGGACAAGGAAGCACUUCGGGGAGGUUGAACCUAUUGAUUUGUCAGAAGUUCUUGAAGUUGAGGAAGAAGCCUCGGCAACAGGUGAUGACGGAGGCCAGGAGGAAGGAGUUUGAUGUGAUUUCGGAACUGAUGAGAUAUGAUGCUUAGUGCACGAGUUGA